AUGUCUGAAAAAGGCUUGAGUCUCUCACAAAAGAGAAUUGUCUCAGCCUCUUUUCAGAAGUAUGUGAAAACAUUGAAAAGGAGUUGAUGAUCACUUUUAUUCACAUGUACGUCUCAGGAGGUUAAAGAGAUCAACAAAAUGCCUCCCAGCCUCUGUGGCACAUGGGACGCCUUCAGCAAUGUCAAUUUUGAGGGCUACAUGAUUGCACUGGGCAUCAGCCCUGGCUUAAGAAAGAUUGCUCUGAAGCUGAAGCUGAGGAAGGUGAUUGAGCAGCAGGGAGACCAGUUCAUCAUCAAAACCGUCAGCCCCCUCCGAACCUACACCCUCUCCUUCCGAGUGGGCCAGGAGUUAGAGGAGUUCACCAAGGGACUGGACGACAGACACAUCAAGUCACUGGUGACAUGGGAGGGGAAUAAACUGGUUUGUGAGCAGAUCGGAGAGAAGAAGAACCGCGGCUGGACUCACUGGAUUGAAGACAACAAGCUACAUCUGGAGUUGUACUGUGAAGGAGAGGUUUGCAAGCAGGUUUUUAAGAAGAAGGUGUCGGAGUGA